AGGAGAUACCAAAAUCAACCAUCAUUGCCAACUACCAAGUUCAAUAAAGAUAAUUACAUAACCUGGUUAACGAACCAGUUUGUAACACAAACACAAUCUAUAUUUUCCGUGUGUUACCCAAAAAAGAAUCAUCAAAAGCUGUCCUCACUCAUUUAAGGCAAUUGACCAAAAAGGCCUCUGACCAAAGACGGUUGGGGGUUGGGUUAGGCAGCUAGCUAGCUGGGCGGUGAGAAAUUUUGGAGUAUAAUGGCUACCCAAACGGAGGACCCAGUUCUUGGAAUUGACGGUAUAAAGGGUGAGGAAGAGAAUAACAAGCCUAUAGACAAAGUGGUGGGGUUGGUAGGAGAGGAGGGUGGUCAGGGUGAGAGAGAUAUGGCCCCUUCCGCCGGCAAUUUGAUGCACCGGUCGGGUUCCAGGCCUCAGCUUGACCUAAGCAAGGCUGCAAUUCAAGGGAAUUUUGAGGAGACGAAUCCCACAAUUCUGUUGCCUAAUCAGUCUGAUGACAUAUUCCAUCUGGCUCUUGACAUUGGAGGAUCACUCAUCAAGUUGGUCUACUUUUCAAGACAUGAGGAUCAAGCAAUUAAUGAUAAGAGGAAGAAGACUGUGAAGGAGAGAUUAGGGAUCUCCAAUGGUAAUAGAAGAAGCUACCCUAUUCUUGGUGGGAGGCUUCAUUUUGUGAAGUUUGAAACGAGCAAGAUUAAUGACUGCUUAGACUUUAUCUAUUCCAAGCAGCUUCACCAUGGUGGAAUGGAUUCGCUUUGGCAUUCUGAGCUCCCAGCCAAUGACAAUGCUGUAAUCAAGGCCACAGGUGGUGGGGCAUACAAGUAUGCUGACCUCUUCAAGGAAAGGCUUGGGGUUAGUCUGGACAAAGAAGAUGAAAUGAAUUGUCUUGUGGCCGGAGCAAAUUUUUUGUUGAAGGCCAUUCGCCAUGAAGCUUUCACACACAUGGAGGGUCAGAAAGAGUUUGUGCAGAUUGAUCAUAAUGAGUUAUUUCCUUAUCUUCUUGUUAAUAUUGGAUCUGGUGUUAGUAUGAUCAAGGUUGAUGGGGACGGGAAGUUUCAGCGGGUUAGUGGAACAAAUGUUGGUGGUGGUACUUAUUGGGGCUUGGGAAAGCUGUUAACAAAGUGCAAGAGUUUUGAUGAGUUGCUAGAGCUGAGUCAAAGGGGAGAUAAUAGUGCCAUAGAUAUGCUUGUUGGAGACAUUUAUGGUGGUAUGGAUUACUCUAAGAUUGGUCUCUCGGCAUCAACUAUUGCUUCUAGUUUUGGCAAGGCUAUUUCAGAAAACAAGGAGCUUGAGGACUACAGACCUGAAGAUAUAUCCCUCUCUCUCUUGCGAAUGAUUUCUUAUAAUAUUGGUCAGAUAUCUUACUUGAAUGCACUACGAUUUGGGAUAAAGCGAAUAUUUUUUGGGGGAUUUUUUAUCAGGGGUCACGCUUACACCAUGGACACUAUCUCCUUUGCAGUUCAUUUCUGGUCAAAAGGAGAAAUGCAAGCCAUGUUCUUGCGGCAUGAAGGGUUUCUGGGAGCUUUAGGGGCAUUCAUGAGCUAUGAGACGCACGGUCUUGAUGUAUUGAUGGCCCAUCAGUUAGUUGAAAGGUUCCCGAUGGGUGCACCAUACACAGGAGGAAAGAUUCAUGGCCCACCACUUGGGGAUUUGAAUGAGAAGAUUUCAUGGAUGGAGAAGUUUGUGCAGAAGGGAACUGAGAUUACUGCCCCGGUACCUAUGGCUCCACCUGGAACUACUGGACUUGGAGGGUUUGAAGUUCCUUUAUCCAAAGGAGGUAUUCUGCGUUCUGAUGCCAGUGCUCUAAAUGUUGGUGUUCUUCAUCUGGUUCCCAGUUUAGAGGUGUUUCCAUUAUUGGCUGACCUGAAAAUGUAUGAGCCUAACACUAUUGAUCUCUCGGAUCACAGCGAGUUAGAGUAUUGGUUUACUGUGCUGUCAGAGCAUUUGCCAGACCUUGUUGAUAAGGCAGUAGCAAGUGAAGGCGGAACUGAUGAUGCUAAAAGAAGGGGUGAUGCUUUUGCUCGUGCGUUUUCUGCGCAUCUGGGAAGGUUGCUGGAGGAGCCUGCAGCAUAUGGAAAGUUAGGCUUAGCCAAUCUAUUGGAACUGAGGGAAGAGUGCUUGAGGGAGUUCCAAUUUGUUGAUGCCUAUAGAAGUAUAAAACAGAGGGAGAAUGAGGCGUCACUUGCUGUUUUACCUGACCUGUUAAUGGAGCUAGAUAGCAUGAGCGAGGAAAUAAGACUGCUAACUCUAAUUGAAGGUGUCCUUGCUGCGAACAUUUUUGACUGGGGAGCCCGUGCCUGUGUGGAUCUCUAUCAUAAAGGAACAAUCAUUGAAAUUUAUAGAAUGAGUCGCAAUAAAAUGCAAAGACCUUGGCGGGUUGAUGAUUUUGAUGUCUUUAAAGAGAGAAUGUUAGGGUCUGGAGACAAGAAGCCUGCUCCACAUAGAAAAGCUUUACUCUUUGUGGACAACGCAGGUGCUGAUGUUGUUCUAGGGAUGCUUCCCCUUGCAAGGGAACUCCUUCGACGUGGAACUGAAGUUGUUUUGGUUGCAAACUCUCUCCCUGCUCUAAAUGAUGUAACCGCUAUGGAGCUUCCCGACAUUGUAGCUGAGGCUGCCAAGCAUUGUGACAUUCUUCGCAGAGCUGCUGAAGCAGGAGGCUUACUCGUGGAUGCAAUGAUCAAUAACUUAGAUGGUUCCAAAGAAAAUUCAUGUUCGGUUCCAUUGAUGGUCGUUGAGAAUGGGUGCGGGAGUCCAUGCAUUGACUUAAGGCAGGUCAGCUCUGAGCUAGCUGCUGCUGCCAAAGAUGCUGAUUUGAUUAUUUUAGAAGGUAUGGGUAGAGCUCUACACACCAACUUCAAUGCUCGGUUUAAAUGUGAUGCCUUGAAGCUUGCAAUGGUGAAGAACCAGAGGUUGGCAGAGAAAUUGAUUUAUGGAAACAUAUACGACUGUGUUUGUCGAUAUGAACCAGCCAGAUGAAAGCCUCUGUUCACAAUGUGAGAGGGGAAAAGUCGGUGGUAGAAACAUGGCUCCAACGUAUCACAUCCAUACCUAUUUUACCCACACACAAUACUUUACAUUUUGCUAUGAACUGUUCAAGUAUUGUCCCAAAUAUGUCGAGUGAUAUCCGUUAUUUGUUAUAUGGUAUAAAUUUUACGGUGCCACCUUCA